AUGAUCGGCUAUCAUUUAGACGAUGUCCGUCAAGCAUUGUAUAAGUAUACGUCUAUUCUAUUAUCCGAUAGACACAUUAUAUCGACAAUGAAUUCUUUAUCAGAAGACUCCAUGCAGCUGGUCGAUUUACUUGAUGAGUUAAUUUUAAUUAUCAUGUACAAAGUGAAACCUAAAGUGUUAUUGCUUUGUUCUACUAUCACUAUUGAUAAUAAUCGUUUAGCAAAACUUGCACUUGAUAUGUAUCAUUCAAUUGAUUUAACUUUUAAGUAUUUUCAAUCACCAUAUCAAUUUAUUAUUCCACGUUUUUACACACAUUUUAUGCCUUGUAUCAUUAAUAAUAUUCAACUUACACAUUAG